CUAGCCAGAGGUCCGAGUCCUCGACUCACACCUCUCUCUCACUUGGCAUCUUCCCUUUUAGGGGUCCUCCAUUCAAGUCCCUCUUAUAUGCUAAAACCAGAAGCCUACAUUCGACAAUUGUAUACGCAGGCUGCUUCUUCCAUUAACGCACCCACCACUAGAUUUUUGUGAUAGAGAAAGCCAGAGAUGUGGCGUUUCGUAGCUCGUGGCCUUCGUCUUCCCUCUUCUAGCAAAUCCAUCUCUAAUGACUCCCUUAGAUCUCACAUUUCCAGAUUUUUCUCUACGGAAUCGACUGGGGGGCGAUCCUCAUACACCAUUGUUGAUCAUACAUAUGAUGCAGUGGUUGUAGGAGCAGGUGGUGCAGGGUUGAGAGCUGCCAUAGGACUCUCAGAACAUGGAUUCAACACUGCUUGCAUUACCAAGCUUUUUCCAACUCGUUCACACACUGUUGCAGCUCAGGGAGGAAUCAAUGCAGCUUUGGGAAAUAUGACUGAAGAUGAUUGGAGGUGGCACAUGUAUGACACUGUCAAGGGAAGUGACUGGUUAGGUGAUCAGGAUGCCAUUCAAUACAUGUGUAGAGAAGCACCAAAGGCAGUUAUUGAACUUGAGAACUAUGGGCUACCAUUUUCCCGAACAGAAGAUGGACGAAUUUAUCAGCGUGCAUUUGGUGGUCAGAGUUUAAAUUUUGGAAAAGGUGGACAAGCAUAUCGUUGUGCAUGUGCUGCUGACCGAACUGGGCAUGCUCUUUUGCAUACUCUCUAUGGCCAAGCUAUGAAACAUAAUACCCAAUUUUUUGUGGAAUAUUUUGCUUUGGAUCUAUUAAUGAACAGUGAUGGUAGCUGCCAAGGAGUAAUUGCAUUGAAUAUGGAGGAUGGAACAUUACAUAGAUUCCGAGCUGCUUCAACUAUUCUUGCCACAGGGGGCUAUGGUAGAGCAUACUUUUCGGCAACAUCAGCUCAUACAUGCACUGGAGAUGGCAAUGCUAUGGUUGCACGCGCCGGGCUUCCACUCCAGGACCUGGAAUUUGUUCAGUUUCAUCCUACAGGCAUAUAUGGAGCUGGCUGCCUAAUUACUGAAGGAUCUCGUGGAGAAGGUGGUAUUCUUAGGAACAGUGAAGGUGAAAGAUUUAUGGAAAGAUAUGCUCCUACAGCCAAGGAUCUUGCAUCAAGAGAUGUUGUUUCAAGAUCUAUGACAAUGGAGAUUCGGGAGGGUCGUGGUGUUGGACCUUUGAAGGACCAUAUCUAUUUGCAUUUAAAUCACUUGCCCCCAGAUGUACUAAAGGAGAGGCUUCCAGGUAUUUCUGAAACUGCCGCCAUUUUCGCAGGUGUGGAUGUUACAAAGGAACCCAUCCCUGUCUUACCCACCGUGCAUUACAAUAUGGGUGGAAUUCCCACAAAUUACCAUGGAGAGGUAGUUACCGUUAAAGGCAAUGAUCCUGAUGCAGUAGUUCCGGGAUUAAUGGCAGCUGGAGAGGCAGCCUGUGCGUCAGUGCAUGGUGCCAAUCGGCUUGGUGCAAAUUCUCUGCUUGACAUUGUUGUUUUUGGUCGAGCUUGUGCAAAUAGAGUGGCAGAGAUCCAGAGACCAGGGGGAAAACAGAAGCCUUUGGAAAAGGAUGCUGGAGAAAGGACCAUUGCAUGGCUGGACAAACUGAGGAAUUCAAAUGGAUCCCUGCCAACUUCACAAAUUCGGUUAAACAUGCAGAGAGUAAUGCAAACUAAUGCUGCUGUAUUCCGUACACAAGAAACAUUGGAAGAAGGUUGUCAGCUGAUUGACAAGGCAUGGGAGAGCUUUGAUGAUGUUAAGUUGAAAGAUCGCAGUUUAAUAUGGAACUCCGACUUGAUAGAAACCAUAGAAUUGGAGAACCUUUUGAUAAAUGCCUGCAUAACAAUGCACUCUGCUGAGGCUCGGAAGGAAAGCAGAGGAGCACAUGCCCGUGAAGACUUCACUAAAAGAGAUGACGCUAACUGGAUGAAGCACACUUUGGGAUAUUGGGAGAAAGAAAAAGUUCGUCUCGAAUACAGGCCAGUACACAUGAAUACAUUAGACGAUGAGAUUGAGUCAUUCCCACCUAAAGCUCGUGUCUAUUGAUGCAUUCUCUUAUAGAAGAAGUGAGCAUGGUGUAUGGGGAUGGUCUAGGAGGAGACAGUAACCCAUCUUAAUAAACAUGUGGAGGCAAUAAAAUUGUUGUGCGUAACAGCAAUUUGGCGAUAAUUGUUGCAUUCAACAAUAUCGAGAUUGAAAGUAUCUGGAAAAAAAAAUCAUAAUGAAUCAAAGUUUGUAUUUUGAAUUUUGUAUGAAAACGUCAUGCUGAUCAAGUAUCAUUUGCUGGAGUUUUGUCAUAGAUGGUUGGAGUUUAAACUGAUGAGGUAUUUAUCCUUUGUAAAAGUUGCUGGCUUGUAGUGAGACAUUGUAAUCUGGUAGUACUUGCAUUUAGAACUGUUAAAUAUGGUAAUAAAUUGCUGGUUGUAGAGGGAGGCUGAACUUUCCUCUUAUUUGGUUCCUAA